AUGAAAAUGGCGUCGCGAUGUCGUGUCGAUAUUCCGAUGUAUUCAAACGAUUGUUUACGUGCGAUGAAUGAAAUGCGAGGCAAGUCUCAACUCUGUGAUGUGGUUUUAUGUGUGGACCAGUGCGAGUUUCCCGCGCAUCGUAUCGUCCUGGCCGGUGCAAGUCGUUAUCUACAAGCUAUGUUUACCAAUGGCAUGCUAGAAAGUGGCAAAACUAAGAUAGACUUAGGUGGGAUUGAUCCACAGACAAUGGCCAGUCUUCUGGAGUUUGUCUACACAGGCUCUGUUGAACUGACAACUGCAAAUGUUCAGCAAUUAUAUGCAGGUGCUUCAAUGUUGCACCUAACAAGCCUCACUAAGUCUUGUUCAAAUUUUCUCGAAGCGCAUAUUGAUUAUACAAACUGUAUCGGUAUUCGGGCAUUUGCUGAUUUAUAUUCGUGUUCAAGUCUGGAGUGUUUUGCAUUCAAGUAUAUCUGUGAACAUUUCCUAGAAGUUGUGCAGAGUGACGAGUUCCUAGAAUUAAGUAAGGAUAGUCUUGUUGAUUUACUGAAAUGUAACUUGUUGCAAGUUUACUCAGAGGACGAGAUUUUUAACGCGGUGGAACUCUGGAUAACUCAUUGCUAUGAACAAAGGAAACUGUGUGCAUCCGACGUUUUGCAACAUGUACGGCUGCCGUUGAUCUCAUUGGAGUUUCUGGAAACAAGAGUGGUUCCUGCAAGCUUUGUUAAGAAUGAUAGUAAAUGUCAAAUGCUUCUCGCGACCGCUUUGAACGAUCAUAAAAGUAAUUUGCCGCCAUAUAUGUUCUUACCAAGAACCCAGCCACAUACCCUGUACACGGUCGGUGGGCGUAACAGUAACUCUUGUCAAUUACCGAGCUUAGAACAGUUUGACGUCGCUACGAACAAGUGGUUAACGUUAGAGCCAAUGACGUGUGCAAGAACUGCCGUUGGUGCGUGUGCUUUUAAUGGAUGCCUGUACGUGAUUGGUGGAGAGUGUGCAAACGGAACAAGCACUGCACAUGGGGACACAACUUAUAAAAAGACAGUUGAGGUUUACCAUCCACGGGAGAAGACUUGGCACACGGCUGCAGAUCUAACAAUUCCUCGUUCUUUCAUCUCGGCAGUGUCAUUUGAUGGUUAUGUGUAUGCGCUAGGUGGGGAGGAUAGGUUGUGUUCAUAUAGUUUUGUAGAGAAGUACGACCCUGUUGGAGAUUUCUGGGUGCAAGUACAGAGCAUGAAGCGACGUCGAUCUGGUGCGGGAGCUGCUGUCUGCAAUGGUGAGUGUUUAUCAGUGCAGUACACAGGCCUUAAAAUAUCUUUUACAGGGCCGUCUGACAAAAUGUCCGAUGACGUUUAGUUUGGGUCGGACAUAUGUCCGAUGACCUUCAGUUCAGUUUUAACUCGGAAAUAAGUCUGAAUGGCACAAAUGAAUAUCAGCACACUGUAUUAAUUCUGAACGGUAAAUGUUGUGAAGUUGUACUUAUUUCCAAGCCAAAAUUAACUCGCUUUCUAGAACAGCAGUUUUAAAAAAGACUACGAGCCUGUUUUCGAGUACGUUAAAAUUAAACAACAUUUCCAGUUCACCUUUUAUACAAUAGUACUCUUAUUUUCCACUUAACAUGCAAGCCUCUAGUCCUGGGAUAGGGUACAUUUUGAUCGAUUUACGUUGGACAAAGCUACAGUUUGGUCUGACACCAAUACACUCAGGUCGGACAAACAAUAAACCCCAGUUUCACUUAGGUCGGACAGAAUGUCCGGUGGUUUCCUCUCUACGUCGGACAAUUUCACGAAUGGGUCGGACAAUGUCCGUGACCGACCGAUAUUUUAAGGCCUGGCAGUACAGCAAGUGUGACAGCAUAACAGAUUGGGGUCAACUUUAAGGCCGAUUUUCACCACACAACUUUUGCCUAAAACCAUUGCAUGCAACAUCUCUCAAUUGUUAUUGAUUUACCUCCAAAUGCAAGACUACUGCAUUUAAUGAAAAGAAUGAACAUUAUUUUCUCACUCUGAUAACUGCAGGUUGACCAACAUCUGUUGCACAAUACUGCUUAGUGAAAUUAACCCACUUACAGCUUCUGUGUGGUACUAUUGUAUCUGUCCCUUUUGUAAUGUCCAACUAAUGUAGUUCCACUUCCCUACAUUCUAGGCCUUCUCUAUGUUGCCGGUGGUUACGACAGAGGUAUCCAUGCUGACCGUGCGUCCGUCGAGUGUUAUGACCCCAAGUUAGAUCAAUGGACGUUUGUCACUGAACUUGAGAAAGCAAGAUCAGGCCUUGGUCUUGUGUCUUUGAACGGAUGUAUUUAUGCAGUAGGUGGACGCAACAGAAGCACCGACUCUUAUUUCGACCUAGUGGAGCGAUACAACACCCACACACACCACUGGUCCCCGGUCGCGCCCAUGAACAGCCCGCGGGCAUGGGCGGCCAUUGUCGUAUACAAGGAAAAUAUUUUUGCUAUUGGUGGGUUUGAUGGUGCAAACCGCUUGAACACGGUUGAAAUGUAUGAUGCAGUUAAGAAUGUUUGGAUGAAUGUCGAGGGCUUGAAUGUGAGCCGCGCUGGCUGUGGAGCUGCGGUGUUGUAA